UGCACUACCAUCUGAGACAGUCUCCUGAACUGGCCAUGUAACUGGCAGCCCAUGCAGUUCCCAUGCAUAUAAAUGUUUCGUUUUUUCUGUUACAGGCCACAAAGUAGUAGUUGUGAGAUGUGAGGGCAUCAACAUCUCUGGUAACUUCUACCGUAACAAAUUGAAGUACUUGGCUUUCCUGCGCAAGAGGAUGAACACAAACCCCUCCCGUGGACCCUACCACUUCAGAGCUCCCAGCAGGAUCUUCUGGAGGACAGUCAGAGGUAUGCUUCCCCACAAAACCAAGAGGGGCCAGGCAGCUCUGGAGAGGCUGAAGGUGUUCGAUGGCAUUCCCCCUCCUUAUGACAAGAGAAAGCGCGUGGUUGUCCCAGCUGCUCUGAAAAUUGUGCGCCUGAAGCCCACCCGCAAGUUUGCCAUGCUGGGUCGUCUGGCCCACGAGGUUGGCUGGAAGUACCAGGCUAUCACAGCCACCCUGGAGGAGCGCAGAAAGGAAAAAGCAAGGAUGCGCUACAACAAGAAAAAGGUCCAGAUCAAGCUGACCAAACAGGCAGAGAAGAACGUCGAGAGCAAGAUCUCCAAAUACACCGAUGUUCUGAAGCAGUAUGGUGUACUGGCCUAAACUGUACCUGUGACUGAUCAAGAAUAAAUGUUUAUAGAAACUA